AUGGCUACAGAAUUUAAAGGGCGUGUGAAUGAGGCCAAGCAGGACACCGCUGUGUGGACUAACCUAUUCCAAAAUGAGCUGAAAACGGAGGAAGAGUCUUUGGUGUUUGUGAAGCGAAUGAUGGUGCUCGCGGUGUCUUCCAUCACUUAUCUUCGUGGAAUUUUCCCAGAAGACGCAUAUAGAUCCCGCUACUUAGAAGAUGUAUCUGUUAAAAUUUUAAGAGAAAGCAGUUCAUCUCGGGGAGCAUGCAAAAUUGUCAAAUGGAUAAUGGGAUGUUUUGAUGCAUUGGAGAAGAGAUACCUGCAAAUUGUGCUUAUCGGGGUCCACACACAUGCCCAUGACUCUGCUCACUACAUUGAGACAUACCAGUUUAAAUUCAGAUACACUGAGCAAGGCCCACACAUGGAUAUUCUCAGAAACGAGAGUGUGGCGAUGAGAGUGAGCAUGGAGGACACUAAGAGGGCCUCUGUGCUCCUGAUCAGGAAGCUUUUCCUCCUCCUGCAGAAUCUGGAUCCUCUGCCAAAUGACAUCUCUCUCACAAUGAGGCUCUACUAUUACGACGAUGUCACCCCUCCUGAAUAUGAGCCGCCUGGCUUCAAGGAAGGGGUGUGUGACAGCAUGUGGUUUGAGGGCACAGCCGUGCAUUUUAAAGUGGACGAACUGCAGACGCCCUUCCACAGCAUGAAGGUGCGUGUGUCGGUGGAGCAGGGCCGCACGAACAAGCUCCAGAUGGGCGUCCACACCAGGGAGACCAGUCACAUCUCUGUUGAGCAGGAACCUUGUGGUUAUGCAGAAGAGAACUUGCCUUCUGACGAUGAGUCUCUUGCACAAUUCAAACAACCCAAAAAAGCCGUUAAGAGGAAAAGCAAGGGCAGCAAACUCUCCAGAAGGAGAAAGAAGAAAGAACUCUAA